AUGGGUUGCGCGGUGUUCUGCCGGCGCGCGGCGGGCGGAGGCUUCUACGCGCCACGAGUGGAGCUCAACGACGCUGGUCUCGACCCCUACUUCCCCGAUGGAACCUGGUGCCACCAUGAUGGCACGCAGGACUACUACUGUCUACAGCACCACUGCUUGCCUGAGAAUUUCAAAAUGACUGCUCAGUGGCAUAUCUGGGAGCUGCCGAGCGAAGAUAUCGGUGGAGCUUUUAACGCGCGGGCCUUCCAGACGCCUGAUGAGGAGACAGCGGCUAAGAUCAAAGCAUACCUUUCGCUAGACGAUGGGGGGGUGCCCCUCGUCCGGUCAGCCUUCCCCCCGCACCUCCCUGAAGAGCCCGAAGAUAACUGGGAGGUCAAAGACUACGUGGACAUACCACCAGCCCCCGAGAGUGACUCACAACCUCACAUGUAGAUAUCAAGGGUUCGUCUUCCACUCGAGUAAGCUCGGCCGAUAAGACAUGUUAUUGUCUUUUGUGUAUUUUGCUAUUAAAGUCUUGCCAUUAAGUAAAUAAGUACUUAGUUGUAAUACAUUGUAUAAUUCAGUAUUAUUUUGUUUAUACAAACGAACACUGCAGGUGUAUUUUUUGCAAACUACUUUACGCAUUUUUUCGUUCAAACAUUUACAUGAUUGUACUGAAAUAUUGAUAUAGUUCAGCCUACUGCAUUUAUUAGUUAAGAAGUAUAGAGGGGUAUGAUUUGUAUUAAAAAGGCGUUUUUGUACUUAAUUAUUGUUUUAGCCAGUAUUAAAUAGAUUAUGAAAUAAAACCAGAAUACCUACAUAAUAGCUGUAAAUUAAAGGCGAAGACAAUUAAAUAUUAAUUUACUACUUGGUGAUUUCGUAUGUUCUCAAGUUCUGUGAAUAUUGUAUGAUUUAAUAGAGAUAAUAUUUUCAUGAUAUUAGUCAUUAUAUGCUUCACUAAUGCAAUCAUUGUACUUUUAUCUCGUAUUUUGUAUCGUGUUGAUACUCGUAUCACUUCUUAUUUUACAUGAAGUGGUUAGUUGUUACAAUGCACUAAGUUACAAUCAUAGAAGAUAACAUAAAAGGCUAGUCGUAAUGAUAGGUGAUUAUUACGUUUUAUAGAACAAUUUAUUAGUUUUUUUAUUAGUUAAGUAAGUGCCUAAUUUGCAUAAGUAGGGGAGAGGGGGGCAGCUUUGAACAAUUUUCAUACUUUAUUAAAUAUCUUCCAAAUUUGAACGAUUUCAUUAAUUUUUUCUUCCUAGAUAGAGGUCAUGGUUAUCACACAACAAAAUAAUGAUGUUUUUCUUAAUUAUUCAUGAACGCUUAUUAAGAUAUUUAGAUUUUUGCACAGACCUGUAAACGUUCAAAACUGCCCCGUAGUCGGGGCAGCCUUGAACACGCCUGGGGCAGUUUUGAAUUAGUAUUUUUUUCAAUGAAAUAAAACUGAAUAUUUAUGAAUGUGUAUUUUUAAAAUAAUUAAUAAACAAAAUUUUAAAUGAUCAGUGUCAUUUGGGAUCAAUUUAACAUGUUUAUUUUAUUUUACAUCACUCUGUACAAAGUAACACAAAACUUAAAGAUAUUAUUAAAAAAAAAGUUAAUAUAAGAUAUAUCAAUUAACUAAAUACUAAUAAACUUUCUGUUUAAUGACACAUCAAAGACAAAACUGCAUAAUUGAAAAAAUAUCAAUCAACUACUAAAACUAGCUUUUGCCCGGACUUCACCCAGCUUGAAAUUUUAUCUGUCACAGUAAAGCAAUCUGCUUAUUUUUUAUGUAAAAACCUUCUACGAAGUAUUAGAAAACUUAAGGUUUCAUAAUACCACUUAAAGAAGAAAAUUUAUAAAGUUCAAAGGUGCCCCAACCAUUUCGUUCAAAGCUGCCCCAUGGGUAUAUUUCCAGAAAAAAACAUAAAUUUAAUAACGGAACAUACUUUUAUAUCGCAAUUUCUUAUCAAAUCUUCAUUGAAACUAUUUAAACUUCCAUAUAGUAAACAAACCACUCACUAUUUUAUAAAACUACGUCCACAAAAUCCUUAAAACCAAAAUAAAAAAGUGCGAAAUUGGCAGUCAAAAACAAAAAAACACUUUUGCCGGUUAACCUACAGUUAGAUAUUAAAAAUGAGAUGGGACGGCUAUGCGCAUCAGUGCUGGCAAUAUAAAUUAUGAUUUAUACCAUUGUAGCCUAAACCAUCAUUUGUUCUAAGCUGCCCCUGUCCAAAGCUGCCCCCCUCUCCCCUACAAUAUGAAUAUUUUAUAGGUACCUACAACUACAUACAGUAUUAUAUUAUCUAGACUUAAAAACAUGGUGCAUUUAAUUAUAAAUAAAUAUAUUUAUUUAUGUAUUUUAAAA